CGAUCUUUUUGUUCGGGCGCACUUGGCUUUCGCUACCUAUCACGACAUUCAUUUUAAUGUCUUUGUCAGUGAUACGUCUAUAUCGAAGAUAACGGCAGACGGAAGCCCAACGAAAAAGUUUGACAAAAUAGUGAUGGCUUGAGUUGAGAUUAAGAUCUCUGCAGGGGUAGUUUUGACCCGUGGCGCAUUAGGUUUCAAUGAUGUGAAAGGUUGCUUUGUUUCAACUGAAAACAAAACUGGCUUCCAGAUGCCCAUUUCCUCUUAGAGUAAGUGUAGGCCAAGAGCAAGAUCGAUCUUGCUGUAGAUCAGUUAACGCACUAAGAGAUGGCUGGCUCGGAUAAAGACAGAGGAACAUUCGGCGGUGUUGCGUUGGCCCUUAGUUUUACAGCCAUCAGUAUAUCAAUAGUUUGUCUCUUGCAAGUAUUCUUCCUCUCUGGGCCGAAUGCUCAAUGUAGCUGUCCUCGAAAUGCACGCGAACAGUCCCAUUCGAUUCCACAGGACUUGCGGCUUUUGCGUAAUGCGACAGGUACAGUAAAACGGGCGAGAGGUCCACCAAAGGAUAUCGCAGCUAAAAAGACCCAUAAAGACACUAGCAAAACAGUGAAACAACCACUGGAGGAAAAGCAUGCUCGGAAACGACGAGCUACACAGAACAAGGCUACACAGACAAAUACCAACACGGCUUGGGGAGGAUAUUUGCACAACGCUAUUUUGCGGCUACAGCAGCAAAUGAUCGUAGUGGAGGGAAGGUAAGCGUGAAUCAUACUAUUUUUGUGAUCUCCGACGAAAACAUAUCGCCUGUGAAUUUGUCAUUCCAUUUUUAAUACAAUUAUCGUCUUGAACACAGAUUUUUAGCAACAAAGAGCACAAAGCGAGUAAUCUUUGUUUCUCAGUUACUGGAUCUUUGUGUCCACAUUUUUAAUUAGAUUUUUUUUUGACUUACAUGCCGUAUGUCUUUCCCGAAAUAUAGUAAAAUCAUCAAAUAACGUCAAGCCCUGUCAAGCCUACUGCGUGAUAGCAAGACCCCAUCCCUCCAUGCAGGGAAUAUGAGCCACCUAACUCAAUUAUAAAUGGGUAUCUAUUUUUGUUUUUGGGUAUGUUUCACUUUUAAGUCUGAAAUUCCGUGCAAAAAUCUCUUCCACCCUUUCAUGAAAUAACAAUCCUCCGGCCAGCAAGAGUAUGGUAAGCCACAGGUGACCCAAACUAACGUUUUGAGGAAAGGGUGUAAUGUAAUCUGAUUACAUGUUAUUGGUGAUGCGUGACUUUUGUGCUGACGCACUGGUGUCGCGUGUCGUUGUCGCGUUACAGGCGACCGGAGACUUAAUAUGUAGUACCCGUAUGAGAAAUAAAUACUGAGAUCUGCGUGAGCUAAAUAACGUUAAUUCCAAACUUUUUCUUCAAUGAAAUGAAUACAAAAGACUUACCUGUGAUGUAUUCCACUGUAUUUUUGUGUCUGUUCUUCGUCUUACUUUUUUUUUUUUGGCUUUAUUGCUAACCACUGUUACACCCUUCAAAAGACGAAGUCAAGGCAGCCUGGUCAUUCGAUCUGGCAGGGUCCUGGACCAGUCGCAACAAGAAUGCUGUUUUCGCCGAAUUUCGAAUCCGCUACAAAUUUUUUCAGCUUCAGCCCAAGAAGGAAACCUCUUCUUCCUCUCUGGGAGAUCGGCUCGAAAAAAGCUUUAUAAUUUCCCCUUCAAUUCAGGCUACGUUGCGCCUACCAACAAUUUGCAUUUUCGCUUAUUGAAAACUAACCUGUUUUCUCACCAUCUGUCUAAGUGCAACUUUAUCCUAAAUUUUCACUUUCAGCGGUUUUCUUUAUUAUCUCUAAAACGGCUCGACAGAAAUGUUUUUAAAUCUCACGACAUAGACUAUUCACAGUCGUCUAUUUUUCCGUAAGAUCAUCGAGAUCGAUAGCUUUGCGUUACGGGCUACCCAUCUUGCAUGAGUGUCAAAACUACCUAGGGGGCGGGGGCGGUUUGGGAGAAAGCCCUUCCCCCCCCCGCCAGCCAUAAUCCCCGACGCCCGCCCCCUCGGUACAUUUUAAAAUCAAGAUAGCCAUUACGGUAAGAAGACGCGGUAUAUCUAAACGAUCUCACGAAAAAAUAGGGGACUGUGAACAGUCUACUCACGACAUAAUCUUCAUGAUGUACAUAACAAUGUCUGAAACUUUCGUUAAGAUUGGUUCUCUGUAACAUAGCUUAACAUCUUGAAAUUUUAAGAGAAACCUAGCCUACGAACCGGCUAAAAAUCCUCGUUACAGCAUUCACUCUCGGUUUUGGCGUGAUGCUAAUUUUUCCAAAUUGAUGCCCAUCCUACAUUUUAGUAUGAGUUUUAUUGCAUAAUUAUUUUGAAUGUGAAACAUUGACAACAUUCACAUUGAAAUGUACUAGCCAUAGAGGUAUGUAUGGUGGGUAUUAAUUUGGAAAAAUUAGCAUAACGCCAAAACAGUGAGUUUUGAAACACCGAUUUUUGGCCGGUUUUUGGGCUAGGUUCGUCUUGAAGGUGUUAUAGUAAAUCAAUCUUAAUGAAAGUUUCAGUUUAUUAUAUACAUCAUGAAGAUUAUGUGAUGAGGAUGAGAUUUAAAAAGAAUUCUGUCGAGUCGUUCUAGUGAUAUUCAGAAAAACGCUAAAACAAUGCUAAAAGUCAAAAUUUAGAGUAAAGUUGCACUUAGACAGAUGGUGAGAAAACAGGAUAGUUUUCACGAUCGCAAGAACUGCGGAUAAUACACUAAAUUUCCUUGCAUCGAAUGUAUAAGCAGUCUUCUGCCACUACUUAGGAUUUAUUUGAGAACUUUUUCAUGAAACCAUUUACCACGGCUAUUGAAAAUGUAAGGUUUGAAAUAUGUUUACGUUUUAUUUGAAUUCAAACAUACAGAAUUUUUUACUUCUCACGGAGGUUAUUUGCUAACCAUCACACUAUAAGUACCUGGUGUCGGAUUUUCAGUAGCAGGUCUAGAUCGCGCAAAAUUCGGAUUUUAUCGAGUUUGAAGUUUUUUGUUAUUGUUGUCAUAGUGAUAUCGAUUUUACUAAAAACUGUAUUUUGGCAAACUUUAAUUCAUAGUCGAUCACUGGUGAAAGGUUUAUUGCGAUUGGACAAAGACAAAAUCACUUUUAAGGAGAUUGAAAAACAUCGGUAUAGAAUCCGAAAAACUGUAUCGAAAUACUUUAAAACGGUAUAAUAAGGUUUGGGCAUUUUACCGGGGAACGUCAUAAACAUGACUGGCUUUGAAUGUCCCUGCCGUAACGGAACAAGGCCACGCUAUGUUAUCAUAAGUUGUUGACCCCAGGAAGUUGAGUAUGUGCAGCAGUCGAUUUGAAUUUAAGCAAAGAAACACUGAAGAAACGCAUAUCAAAGUUAAAUUACCCGUGGUUUUCACUGAUAAACUUCGAGCUGAAAUGACCAUAAGAAUAAAUCUUCCGUUCGUGACUACCGUAGAGCUGCCUCAGUUACUAAUGGACAGACCCCUGUUCUUCAAAGGGUGCCUAUCUGAUGGAUAAAUCACUACUUCCUUAUCUACUGGAUAGUAAGUAUUCGGUGGAUAGUCACGUGCACCCAAGGAGAGUAUAGUUCAAAACCACUUAAACAUAGCAUUGUCAAACGUAUGUUAGUAUUUAAACGGUAGAUAUAGGCAUAUUCUUAUCCCCUAAAAAUUUUUCAACCUUUCGGAUUUCAGUUUAGCGAUCCGAAAAUUAUAGGGAUCAAAACUUACCUUUUCGAAAAUUUCAGCCAGAAAAAAGGCUCCCGAAAAUUCUAGGUGACCUUUUCAGGGUAAAAAUCCGUUAAAAUGGGCAAUUAUACCAUUUUUUAGAUGUUCGAAAAUCCUCGGAGACGCAGGCAAGCAAGCAAUUUUACAACAAAUGUUCCGAAAAUUCUAGAUCUCAAAUCGUCUUCCGAAAAGAUAUUUUCCGAAAAUUGACGUUGGGUGCCACUGGAUAGUGCUAGUACAUCCCUGAACUCUUAAACAACUGGGGUCUGGGUCGGCGGAGCAAGAAGCACGGGCUUGACUAAAAAGGUACUGUUUUCAAGUGGCUUGGGGUCGUAAAACACUAUCCUCAAUUACUACCUCGUCAUAAUGUGCAUUUUUUCGUCGUGUUUCGUCUUGCAGGACUCAAUAUUUGCAGGAGCAGUACACCAAGAAAAUAACCCAGGUUCCCCCUCGUGGUCCUCCUGGCUCUCCAGGAAUACCGGGUAGAGAUGGCUCCGAUGGACGAUCGGGAAUGGAUGGUCCUAUGGGCCACCCGGGUAGAGACGGACCGCAGGGUAAAGAUGGUCACCCCGGAUCGCCGGGUUCAGCUGGCCCCCCAGGUGUCAAUGGUCUUCCCGGUCUACAAGGACAAAAAGGUUUUAAAGGAGAAAAAGGAGAACCAGGCCAAAAAGGUUGUUUGUUAAAUCUUUACAUUAAUUUUUCAUCUUUGGAACUAAAUUAAAUUCUCUGUGAAAGCUGUAAUUGCAAUCUGUCUAAAGCAAUAUUCUCUCGCCCUUCUUUCUCUUCUUUUUUUUCGUGGUUUAAAGCUGUGAUUCGCCGGUAGAGAGCCACAAAUAAAUCCACUCACGAAAUAAUUAUGACGCUUUCUUUACCACUACCAUUAUUUUUUUAACCUCCCUGUGGGCAAGUUCUCCAUUCGCAAGAAAUCGCGAUAGUAAAAAGCUACACGCGCGUGAACCGCAAGAUUAGAGCAUGAGAUUCGGCUUCCGCUCCCGCGCAUCGCUUCGCUUCCUUCUUGCCAAGUUUCUCGCAGGAAAACCAAGCCUAAUCUUGUAUUGCGUUUUGCAAGCACACGGAGCAGUUUCUUAAUUUGGUCUUGCUUUUAUUCAGGUGACAGAGGACUAACCGGAUUAAAAGGAACCAGAGGAGUCGCUGGAAUACCGGGAGAGAAUGGUGAGCCCGGCAUCCCCGGUAGGGUAGGGAUCAAGGGAGAUAAAGGAGAAGCUGGUGAGACUACUUGCUAUGUCACGGAGAAGGGUCGGCGUUUGGAAAAACCUUGCCUUGAAGCUUCUGUUUACGACGAUUCAGCUGGGGCCCAAAACACAGGCGAUACAGGGGGUCUUACGUAUAUCCGGUGGGGAAGAACUGCAUGUCCUGUGGGAGAUGCCAAGAUAAUCUACUCAGGUAAGAUACUACUCUAUUCUGGGAGUCUAGAACCCAUAAAGCGCGGAAAAAUUAUCUCGUGCUUGCAACUUGCAAACAACGCGCAGUCUUGCUUCCGAUCCAUCAAAGAGGUUGACUGUCUUUUUUUAAGUCUCCGUACGGAUCAGGGGCACCCAACGAGAAUAUAGUUCAAAAGCACUUAAACAUAGCGUUGUUAAACGUAUUUUAGUAUUUAAACGUUAGAUAUUUGCAGAUUUUUAUCCCCUAAAGGUCUUUCGUCGUUCGGGUUUUCUAGUUAAAAGCCUAGUGAUCCGAAAAUUAUAGGGAUCAAAACUUACCUCAGUUCGAAAAUUUCAGCCGGAAAAAAGGCUCCCGAAAAUUCUAGGUGACUUUUUUAGGGUAAAAAUCCGUUAAAAAUGGGCAAUUAUACCAUUUUUUAGAUGUUCGAAAAUCCUAGGAGAGGCACCCAAGCAAGAAAUUUUGCAACAUGAACAAAUGCUCCGAAAAUUUUAGAUCUCAAAUCGUCUUCCGGACAGAUAUUUUCCGAAAAUUGACGUUGGGUGCCCCUGAUAUGACGCAUUCCCAAAGCGCGAAGCUUCUCGGGCAACUUCUCUAGGUAUUUAGUUGGAUUUGAUUUUUUAUAAAGUGCCAGUGCCAGUGCGACUUGAUGCACCUUUAUUGUCGGACAAUAUGAGCUACGGGCUGUCGGGAAUCGCCCCCGUAUUCAUAAAAAUCCACUACAAUUCACUUGAUGUAGUUUUAUUCAUAAUAACGAAUCCCAAAGUCACAGUUUUUGCAACACACUCACUCACAGAUAUUGUCGGCAUAACAACUUGGUUUAGAUAGCGUGAUCUUCUCCCCUCGUCUCCCUACAAUACACAUGAAACCUAACCUACAUUAUUAUAAAGUGAUUGACAUUUAGUAUUAUUUCCACGAUAUCAAUUAAGAAACCCAGACAUCUUAUCAGUUAUCACGGUUCACUUCGUGACUAUUCCUUGAACUUACCGGAGAUCAUGAGCUAAUUAUUUAUUUAGCAAUCAACGUUGUCAUCAACUUGAAAUAUAAUAGACUGCUUGCAGUCGGCUUUUUCUCUUAAAAUCCGUCUAGUUCUCAGCUAGCGCGAUAGCAAACCGCGACAUUAUGUUACAACUCGCGUGCUUGGAUUUCUCUUGCGGUAAUUUUUCAAAGAAAAAUAAUAAUAAAGCGAAAGGAUAAAAAUAUACUACGAAAUAUGUACACACACUAUUGGCCCACAAUUCCCAACAGGAUGAAAAAGUUGAUGGAUCGGCUAAUAUACUUCCAUUCCCCAAAAUAAAUGCUGUAAAGCAUAACAAGAUUAUUUUGUUCUCAAAAGGACAAGCUGCAGGUACACGUCACAAAAAGCCCCGCACUGGAGGAUCACCUUUCAUAUGUGUACCAAACCAACCCUGGUACUUCGGCCAGGUAGAUCCCAGUACUCCGCUUGCAAAUGUGACCCAGGUAAGCUCCGAAGUCUUGGCUCAAGAUACAACUAGGAGCACACUCCACGGAACCUACUUUUACCUUUCGUGCGUGCUAUGCUUAGUGCGCAAGCGCAGUGUUCAGAUCAUGUUGCCUGCUCGUAAGGAGUGCUACCGGGGAUGGCAUCGGGAGUAUGAUGGAUACCUGGCUGUGCAGACUAACUGGAAGGACCACAAGGACCUGAUCUGCGUGGAUCGUCAAUCCAGGGGGCUGUUACAAGAUGCUGAUUAUGUACGCGGGCUUUAUGCGAGUUGCGAGACGUUCUCUUGUCCACCAUACGUCGAAUCUGAAAGGCUCCCGUGCGUUGUGUGCACCAUGUGAACAGAAAACUGUUAGUACUUUCGCUUUUAUCCCGUGGAUGCAAAAGCGAGGACAUAGUUAAUUCAUUUAUGCACAGUAUCCUUAGACUGCAAAGCAGUCGCUCUUUUGCAUUGGCCGCGAAGGCGCGUAGUCGUCAAACGAAAGGUCGGGAACUAGCAAGUGAAAAAUAGACAGAUUCUCUCGCCCUUCCCUAGGCUCACACGCCUCGCACGCCAGUAUGCACGCUCUUAGGUUUCGUGCCUUACGACUGAGCUGCAAAAAAGUGACUGACUGUUUUGCAGUAUGGAUUAUCUAUAGCCUGAUAUGGUAAGCAGUAACAAAGUUUGAUUUUCUUUUUCGUUGUUAAGAGACCUGGAAAAGAUAAGUGACUUCGAGCCUUAGCGAAGUCUUUAGACUUUAUUCUUAAUCUCUGGCUCUGUCUUUCAGGUUUUGUAGCAGGAAGUUAGAGAGCUAAUAGUGCACGAGCGUGAGUGUUUAUUUUUCCGUUGUCCACCGUGACUAUUUUAACCCGUUUAUAUUCCUUAAAGGUUGCUCCAAAGCCUCGUGCGUACGCGUUUUUUUUAGAGAGAGUUACAUGCCCUCCUCCCCAUAUCGAAUAGGAGGGCGCAUACUACUGAAGACCCUGAAAAUGUCUGCGUGGAAAACUAGAGGUUAUAGAUAAUACAGUGGCACCCAACGUCAAUUUUCGGAAAAUAUCUGUUCGGAAGACGAUUUGAGAUCUAUAAUUUUCGGAACAUUUAUUGUAAAAUUUCUUGCUUGCCUUCCUCUCCUAGGAUUUUCGAACCUCUAAAAACUGGUAUAAUUGCCCAUUUUUAACGGAUUUUUACCUUAAAAAGGUUACCUAGAAUUUUCGGGAGCCUUUUUUUUGGCUGAAAUUUUCGAAAAGGUGAGUUUUGAUCCCUAUAAUUUUCGCAUAACUAGACUUUCAGCUAGGAAAUCCGAACAGAUGAAAAAUUUUUAGGGGAUAAAAAUAUGCCUAC